GAAAGUUGUAAACUCUGUUAGUUCCACAUCGGUCCCAGAGAAGCAGCCAAGGGUCUGAAAGAUCCGGAGAACAGAAAAUGAUCAGCCAGAGACAAUCAUGGAGAAGAGAUGGAAGACAAUCUGAAGAAACAAAAUCUCAAGAACAAGAUAAGGAUAAACUGCCAUAUGUGCAAAAGGAGAACCCUGAAAGAGGAGCCCAUCCAAUUCGUAAAAUGUAUUUAAAAAAGAACUACUCAGAUGGCAUGUAUGCAAAAUAUCAAGUUGGAACUGUAAAUAUUGAGAGAGCCAAGAAAGUGAUCAUGAUGGUUGGAGAAACAGGAUCAGGUAAAACGACUCUCAUCAAUGCUCUGGUCAAUUAUAUUCUUGGUGUGAAAUUUGAGGACAACUACAGAUACCAGCUAAUUGAGGAGAACACCAAUUUAAGCCAAGCACACAGCCAGACCUCAGAAGUUGUCAUUUACCAAAUAAAUCACACAGAAGAAUUUGUAGUCCCAUUUUCCUUCACCAUUAUUGAUACACCAGGGUUUGGUGACACCAGGGGGCUCGAGCAAGAUGAAUUAACAGUGAAAAAAAUAGAAGAAUGCUUUAGCUCCAAGUGGGGAAUUGACCGUAUUGACGGUAUUUAUUUUGUGGUUAAAUCAUCUUCCAAUCGUUUGACAAAAUCACAGAAUUAUGUGUUUCAAUCUAUUCUGUCAUUGUUUGGCAAAGAUAUCAAGAAUAACAUACAGAUAUGCACUACGUUUUCUGGCCAGGAGAAGCCAGGAGUGUUACAAGCUAUCCUCGAAGCUGGGGUCCCAUGUAUUAAAAAAGCCAAUGGUGACCCUGAAUACUUUAAGUUCAAUAACUACAGCCUCUGUGGAAGUAAUGCUGAUGAUGAUGAGGAGGAUGAAGAAUACAGUCAAUUGGUUAAUAAUGCAAACUGGAAAAUGGGGAAAUCAAGUUUGAUGAAAAUGCUUCGAUCUCUGGAACAACUGAUGUCCAGGAGUUUGAUCUUAACUAACAAAGUGCUGAUGGAGAGAAGACAACUAGAGAUAGUCAUAGAAGACCUUCUCUCAAAAAUUGAGAAGGUGGAUUUCAAACAAAACGAACUGGAACGGAGGGAACAGAUACUGAAACAGCAUGAAGAGGAUAUUAAAAGAAAUAAGAAUUUUGAGUACGAGGAACAUGAAACUGUAAAGGAAAGAAGAGACGUAGAGGGAAACUCAAUUAAUUGCCAUGAGUGCAUGUCCACUUGCCACCAUCCCUGUCUGGUUUCCUUGGAUUUUAUUGCUGGUCUGUGCGAAGUUUUCUACUGGAACAGAUCUUGUAAGCUGUGUGAGCACGACGUGAGUCGCCACUUCUGUGAAUCAUACAAAUGGGAAGAUGUUGUCAUAUCUACUAGAAAAACAUACGCAGCCCUAAAGGAGAAAUACGAGAAGGCAAGCAACGAGAAGGUCACGGCGGAAAAGGUGGUAGAUGAACUGAAGAAAGAAAUCGAAAAACUGAGUUCUGAACAAACACAACUUCUUGAGAAGUUCGUACGUUGUCUCCAGAGCUUGAACGCUAUUGCCCUGAGGCCCCAGAAUCUGUCCAUGGUUGAUUAUAUUGACCUGCUGAUCAGUGCAGAGAGAUGCGAAGCUAAAACUGGAUUCAUGGAAAGGAUCACUGCCCUGGAGAAAGCCAAAGUUAAGGCAGUUGCGCUGCAGUUGACUGCAACUGAAAUAAGAGAUUCAGAGUGAAACAUGAAGAUGAAUCACAGAUGCUCCACAAAUUAUUCCUACAGAAAUCCAACCUCAAAUUUGUGUUAUACGCAUUAUAGCUCAAUGAAGGUUUUGAGAACAUAUUUGAGGCCUAAUUUAUUCAGUUUCAGGUGCCAAAUGCAAAUAUGCUAUAAAAUUUGCUCAGAUAUUUUUUGCACUUUGCCCCAUGAGUAAGUGAGGCCCUUUGUUACUUCUUGUUUUGCAGCAAAAAUUAAAAGUUUGACUUUCAAUUAAAGGUUUAUCUUCUUUUUAAUAAUACAGUUUAUGUAGAAAUAAAUUGCACUGUCAAGGUGCUGAAACCUGAAAAGGAUAUUUUCAUCCUGAAAUGUCCCCUGUUGAGAAGAAUUUUUGUAUACUUGCACCACUAAUUCAUUCUGUAGAGGGUUCCUGUAACUAUAUAACAAGCUUUUAUUAAAUGACAUCAUUUAAGCUGC